AUGCAUUUUACGGGCAAGCUGGAGGAUGGGACAGAGUUUAUCUUCUCCUUGGGGACUGGACAAGUCAUUAGGGAUCAGGGCCUGCUUGGGAUGUGUGAGGGUGAGAAGAGAAAUCUGGUUAUUCCCUCUGAGCUUGGUUAUGGGGGCCAGGCAGCGCCACCCAAAAUCCCAGGUGGCACAACCUUAAUCUUUAAAGUUGAGCUGCUGAAGAUUGAGCAAAGGCAGGAAUCGUAG